AUGAUUCGAUUAAUUCUAAUUUGUACUGUCUUGAUUAUUUUAACACAGAAAUUGCAAAUUCAUGCAGCUCGUGAACUCUAUAGUCAAUCGUCCGGUCGUAGUCGACCUACAAACCUGAAUAUUAAUCCAAAAAAUGCACAAUCUAAUUUAGAAAAAAAAUAUUCUCAACAUCAAUAUAAAUUUUCGCAUUCGCAUGAAAAAUCUCCAACAUUUGUUCAAUCUCGUCGUUUUCACCUAGAUCAAUUUUCACGUGAUAUUCGUGAUCUUGAGCAUCCAUCAUCAUUCACAGCUCCAAUUUCUUCGUCGUAUUAUUCUUAUGGUGGUCCUAACACACAUCUGAUUAUCUCAAGUCAAGAAGCUUGUCGAUUAACAACCAAUGUAUGUGCAGCUGAUUCUCAAUGUUGCUCAGGGAAGUGUCGUUGCAUAAAAUGGUCAGUUAUGGGUAAAAUGUCAUGUUGGAAAAAAUGUUUCUAA